ACAAAGUAUCAAUUACUCUUUUGAUGAUCUUAGUGAACUCCAGAUAUAGAUCAUCUGUUAAAUUUAAUCUCUAGUGGCUGAUUGUGUAGUUAUUUAUUUCGUGUGAAUUAUUGUUUUGUGCUUAAUAUGGAUUUACAUAAUUAUUGUGUAUUAGAAACUGAUGACCAACUUACGAUAGUUAAUCGAUCCACAGAACAUCGUAUUAGUAAAAAAUUGCUUCAUAAAAUACCUUAUUUUGGAAGUAUGUUGAGCCAUGAUGUGUUGGAAUCAAAGGAAAAUAGAGUUGAACUUGAUUUCGAUGAAAAGACUUUCAAAAUAAUUCUGGAUUGGAUUGAACUUGAUUUUAUGUACAUCGAUAUGGAUCACGUAAUAAAUCUGUGUACCAUGGCUGACUAUUUUGGGAUGAACGAUGACUUAUUAAAGGAUUGUUUCAACUAUUUCCAUAAAAAAUUUUCAUUUGAAUUUCUACCGACCAUUAUUCCUCAAGUGACUUCAACUUCUAAAUUAGUCAAUUCGAGUGUUCUGGAUGCUUUCAUCUGUCGCCAUUUCCUUAAAAUUGUCCAAACAACUCGUUGGUCUCUUUUUCCCUUCGAAACAAUUGAUUACAUUUGUAAGCUGGACCUGAUGAUUUAUUCAGAAUAUCAAGUUUUCGAUGCGAUCAUAAAAUGGGUAGAUUACCUUGCUGAUUAUAGAAAGUCACAUCUUAAAGCAUUGCUAAAUUCAGUCCGAUGGUGUCUUAUGAAAUAUCAACAUCUAACUAAAGUAAAGGAAAAUGAGCUCAUCAAAUCUGAAGGUUUUGAACCGCAUUUCUGCUAUCUCGAUAAUGCUGUAUGUUGCUGCUGCUAUCGAACUAAACAAGAGUAUUUUAUUGCUAUUGAAGAGUUAGAGGGUACAGAAUUGCGAAUCAAAGUACUUGACAGUAAUUUCCUGCCAUUAGUUAAUCAGGUUGUUCAAUUAGACGCUUCAAUGUUGAUGAAUGUUCUUCAUGAUGAACAUAUUUCGGAUAUUCCAUUCGAUUCUGGAAGGAGAUUGAUUCGCCUUGAUUGGAAGCAGAAUAAAUAUCGUUUGCUUGAUUAUAAAGCAUAUGUAUCACACCAUUUUGAGGUUGCAAGAUGCACUCGCAAAAUAUAUGUUAAAACGGAGUAUCAAGGUACAAAGAAUUACAACAGCAGCUGCCAACGUAUUUACGGAAGUUCACUUCUCGAAGCUAAUGGAAAGUUUAUUUUAUUUCGCAUCGUCGACGGACCUGUUUCUUGUUGGUCGGAUCCAAAAACUGAAGACAUUAAUCCUAAACUGUUUGGCUAUGAAAACAAUUUCAUUUCGACUAUUUUGGACAAAAAUAUUUACAUAAUGACUAAAAAUUUUGAUUUCAUGACAUUCAAAAUGGAUCAAGAGGGAGAGCUUAAAAUUAUUCCGCUUAAAAAAAUAGCCGAACAAUUGAGCUUCGAUGAUUUAAUACUAACUUCCAGCCAAGUUAAAAAUGAAGUUUUUUUGGUCGAUAAGUCCACAAAAAACAUCUUUAAAUUUAGCCAUUUCCACAAAGUAUGGGUUCUAAUGGGUCUUCUGGUUAAUUAUAACAGUAAGAAAACUGUUGGACAAAAGGCGCCUAGUAAGUUUCUAACAUUCACCACAGCUUUUUUAUCGAUAGACGCUAUCAGACCCUGCUUAAAACGUAAACUUGCUUCGAUGAAUUAAUAAAAUUCAUCAUGCAACUUAUUUUGAGUAUUGAACUGCCUUAAUUGUAUUGACAACCCUGUUGAGCACUUGAAAGAUGAUAAUAAAAUUUGAUUGUAUUUUCCAUAA